CAUGGGGACAUGGGACAUGGGGACAUGGGAUAUGGGACAUGAGGAUAUGGGGACACGGGGACAUGGGUUAAGGGACAUGGGGCCAUUGCGCACAUUUGGGUACAGGGGUCCCACGCGUCCCUCCCCGCAUCCUCCCCCCUUUUCCCCUGCCCCCCCCGUCCCCCCCCUUUUCCCCCAUCCCCCCCCAUCCUCCCCCCGUCCCCCCCCCCCUUCUCCCGGUGCCAGCGGAACCGGGGCUGACCCUGCCCCGGGCGGGGGCGGCGGCGGGGGGGGGGCGGCGCUUCCUCAGGAAACCCCCGGCCCCGCGCCCGCUGCUCCGCGGGGACCGGCGGCGGCGGCGGCUCGGCGGGGAGCGACCGAGGGGGCCAUGCCUCUGCUGAAGAAAGCCCCCAAGGAGGAGGAGGAGGAUGGCGACCCCUUCGCCGCCAGCCCCGAGAGCCGCUACCGGCGCCGGGCCACCCUGGAGCGCCUGGUGGGCUUGGCACCCUUCGGCCGCGCUCGCCGCCCCGGUCCCAAAAGCGGGGACGGGGACGGCGACGGGGACGGGGGUCGCGCCCGGGGGCUGCGGCGGCGUUCGGAGGAUUUCGGGCUCCUGCGGAGGCUGCCGGGGAGGCGCAAAGCCAGCGUGGAGACCCUGAGCGAGCGGCCGGUCCCCAAACGCAGCUCGCUGCUGAGGCUGGCCUUGGGGACAAAGGGACGUCGGGGGUCCCUGGCCGAGCGCUCGCCGGGGUCACCCGAACCCGACGGGGCGCCCGACGGGGACGGGGACGGCGGGGGACGGAGGCAGGAGGCGCGCAGCAAGGCCAAGGAGCCGCUGUCGGUGCUGGAGAUCCUGGAGCUGAUCCAGCGCCGCGAGCUGGUGGCGGCGGACGAGCAGAUCAUCGCGCUGGAGGCCGAGUGCGUGGCAGCAGCAGCAGCAGCGGUGACAGGGACGUCACCGUCCCCACCGUCCCCUGUCCCCGCAGCGGGGCGGCAGGCACGGGACGUGGCCCUGCUGUACGAGGCGCUGCUGGCGCAGCUCUGGGCGGUGGUGGGCGAAGCGGUGCCGGCCGGCCGCCCCUACCCCCCCCUGCGUUUGGUGGUGCGGGUGCUGGAGCAGGAGGAGGCGGCCGACCGCCGGCACCCCCCGGGCACCCCGGGGCGCCCGCGCGCCCUGCGGCGCCGCUGGCAGGAGGCCGUGGGGCGAGCGGCGGGCGAGCGCUUGGCACAAGUGGCACCGGCCGCCGGGCUGGGGGCGAGGCUGGCGGCGCUGGCCGGCCGGCUGGUGGCCGACCUGGGGGCCGUGCGGUGCCACGUGGCCCCCGCUUACCCCGCCGAGUACGGCGCCUUCGGGGUCUACGCCCGCGGGUACCACCGGGCGCUGGCGCAGCAGCUGGGAGCCCUGGCGCAGCGACCGCUGGCCGUGCCCGACCUCUACCUGCUGCUCGACUGGCACAGCAACGCCUACCCCAGGGAGGUGCUGGGGCACCCCGAAAUCGGGGCCCUGCUGCAGGCACAGGCGCUGGGACCCCUCCUGCCCCCCGAGACCCAACGGGGCCUCGAGAGGUCCUGCAUCGCUGCCGUCAAGGCCAAGGUGGAAGUGGCGGUGGCGCAGGAGCUGCAGCUCAGCGAGGACACUUGGGCUGAGGAAGCUUCCAGCGAUGACCUGCAGGAGGGACUGGCCACCCGUGUCACCGGGCUGCUGCGGGCGCACGUGGACCGAGCCCCCCAGAUCACCCCCGAAUUCGGCAUGGAGAUGGCCCACAGCCUGCUGGGCGUGCUGGUGGCCUUCCUGCACAGUUUCCAGCGGAAGGUGGAGCGGUUCCUGGAGGCCCCCGGCGAAGCCACCCCCCCUGACGGUGCCACCGGCCGGGCCAUCGCCCUGGUCAACUGCUGCCCCCCCUUCAGGGCCUUCGCCGAGCGCCUGGCGCAGUUUGGGCACCCGGAGGGCGAGGAGCCGCGGCGCCAAGCCCACGCCACCCUGGACAAGGUGACGCGGCUCUGCAACCACGUCCUCACCCAGCGCCUCUUUGAGGACCUCAAGCCCUACUUCAACAAGCUGAUGAAGCGCAAGUGGCUGACGAGCUCGGACGCCUUCGACACCAUCGUGAUGCUCAUCACCAGCUUCACCCAGAAGCUGCGCUCGCUGCGCCCGGAGCCCUACCAGGUGCUGGUGAGCGAGAUGCACCGGCGGGUGCUCAUCGAGUACGUGCGGCCGCUGCUGCAGGCGCGCCUGGUCUGCACCUCGGCCAAAAUGCGCGCCCGCGUGGCCGCCCGCCUGGGCGACGAAGCCCGGCAGCUCCGCGAGCUCUUCGGCCGCUUGGAUUCGGCCUCGCCCUGGUUGGAUUCGGUGGUGCCGCGGCUGCGGGAGCUGCUGGUGCUGGAGGACACGGCGGCGCUGCAGAUGGAGGUGGGCGUCCUGGUGCGCGACUUCCCCGAUGUCCGGAGGAAGCACGUGGCGGCAGUGCUGGACGUGCGGGGGCUGCGGAGCCAGGCGGCGCGCCAGGAGAUCCUCGGGGUGGUGAAGGACCUGGAGCAGGGCGAGGGCGAGCCGGGGCUGCCCCGUGAGCGCGCUUUCUUCUCCGAGCUGGCCGUGACCCGCGAGGCGCGCUGCCUGCCCUUCGACCUGCAGCGCCUGGCGCGCCUCUCCCGCCUCCGCCUGCGGCGCCCGCACCCCUGAGCGCCCGGCCGAGGCGCGCCUGUGACCCUGCUGUGGGGUGCUGCGCCCCAAAACCGGGUGCGAGGCGGUGCGCCGUGGCUGGGCGCACGCUCACCCCGAAGCUGGGUGCAACGCUGUGCUCCCCAAAACUGGGUGCACGCUCAGCCCAGGCCUGGGUGCAAGGUUGCGCCCCAAAGCUGGAUGCAACACUGCACCCCAAAACUGGGUGCACGCUCACCCCGAAGCUAGGUGUAAUGCUGCAUCCAAAGCUGGGUGCAACACUACACCCCAAAACUGGGUGCACGCUCACCCCAAAUCUGGGUGUAAUGCUGCAUCCAAAGCUGGGUGCAACAUUGCACCCCAAAGCUGGAUGCAACACUACACCCCAAAACUGGGUGCACGCUCACCCCGAAGCUGGGUGCAUGCUCACCCCAAAUCUGGGUGUAAUGCUGCACCCAAAACUGAGUGCAAUGUUGCACCCCAAAGCUGGGUGCAAUACUGUACCCCAAAAUUGGGUGCAUGCUCACCCCAAAUCUGGGAGCAAUUCUGCAUCCAAAGCUGGGUGCAACACUACACCCCAAAACUGGGUGCAUGCUCACCCCAAAUCUGGGUGUAAUGCUGCAUCGAAAGCUGGAUGCAACGUUGCACCCCAAAGCUGGAUGCACGCUCACCCCAAAACUGGAUGCACACACCCCAAAUCUGGGUGCCUCUCUGUCCUGCAGAGCCUGGUGCAUUGCUGCACCCCAAACCUGGAGGUGUUGCAGCGCCCUGAGGCCGGGUGAGCGCAGCACCCCAAAAAAACUGGGUGCACCCUAAGGCUGGGCGAGUGCCGCACCCCAAAACCGGGUGCGUUGCUGUGCGGGGCUCACUCUGGGCACUGCGGGACCCCUGUAGAAAAUGCCAUAAAAGCUGUAAUUUAACGC